AUGAGCCGCCAGCAGCCCCAGCAGCAGCCUCAGGUCCAGCCCUGUAGAUACAAGGUCGGAAAGACGCUGGGAGCUGGCUCGUAUUCCGUCGUCAAGGAAUGCGUUCAUAUUGAUACCGGCCGCUACUAUGCAGCCAAGGUCAUCAACAAGCGACUCAUGGCGGGGCGAGAGCACAUGGUCCGAAAUGAAAUCGCCGUCCUGAAAAAGGUGUCCAUGGGGCACCAGAACAUCCUGACGCUGGUUGACUACUUCGAGACAAUGAAUAACCUCUACCUUGUUACGGACCUGGCUCUCGGAGGUGAACUGUUUGAUCGCAUCUGCCGCAAGGGCUCAUACUAUGAAUCCGACGCGGCCGAUCUCAUCCGCGCGACGCUGUCUGCCGUCGCAUACCUCCACGACCACGGUAUUGUUCACCGCGACUUGAAGCCCGAGAACCUGCUCUUCCGCACACCCGAGGACAACGCAGACUUGCUCAUCGCCGACUUUGGUCUCUCUCGCAUCAUGGACGAGGAGCAGUUCCAUGUCUUGACAACGACCUGCGGCACUCCCGGCUACAUGGCUCCCGAGAUCUUCAAGAAGACAGGCCAUGGCAAGCCUGUCGACCUGUGGGCCAUUGGUGUCAUCACCUACUUCCUCCUCUGCGGCUACACCCCCUUCGACCGGGACUCCGACUUUGAAGAGAUGCAGGCCAUCCUCAGCGCCGACUACAGCUUUACCCCGGUCGAGUACUGGCGCGGCGUCUCAUCGUAUGCCAAGGACUUCAUCCGCCGCUGCCUCACCAUCGACCAAGACAAGCGCAUUACCGCUCACGAAGCCCUCCAGCACCCUUUCGUCGCCGGCCUCGCGCCCUCGGACGGCGCCGGCGAGAACUUGCUGCCGACGAUCAAGAAGAACUUCAACGCCCGGCGCACGCUCCACGCCGCCAUCGACACCGUCCGUGCCAUCAACAAGCUCCGCGAGGCCCAGAAUCUCAUGGACGGUGCCCGCUCCCAAGAGCCCGCACGCGCCCGCGGUGGUCCCAACGCUGCUGUUCCGCCCGUCAGCGGUGUCCGUAAGGACGACAGCGCCAUAUCCAUGGGUUCCAGCCAGGGCAACGACGGCGACGCCAACGUGGACAGACAACCCGAUGAUGUAGUCAUGGGCAACACAACACCCAGCUCCGAUGUGCCUGCGUUGCUGCAGCCGGGCAACUUGGCUAACCGCAUCGUACAAACAAGCAAAGGCCUCUGGAACCCUGAAGCCGCGAGGUAGCAGUGUACACGAUAUGAUGAAUCACGCCACAAGUGGUGAUUAGGAGGGGGGAUGACAACUCCUAUCCGAGAGAGACAUGCAUGUGCACACUGGCGCUGGCAGCCAUUGACAAUCAGCAUGUUUCUCAGAUAGAGUCCCCUAAGUUUCAACUGCAAGAGAAAAUCAAGUCCUCCCCUACCCCCAUCACCCAUUUUCCCUCCUCAAAAAAACAAACCGAAAAAAAAAAGAUCGAGUCUCACAAUUUCAGGAGAAGACCCUCAUUAAAAUGUCCUUUUUUGUUUAUUUUUCAUUUUCCGUUUCUCUUUUCCGUUUAUCCAUCUGUUCAAGCCAUGGGAAAUAUUCGAGGGUUUUUUAUUUAACGCUGUGCCUGGAAUGGGAAGUGGUAGAAAAGGCAGAUGUCAUGAGAGUUGAGAGAUAUCAUAAGACAUGUGUAUAUGGCUGGCUACAUAGCAAGUGAAAAAUGGCGUUUAAUAUCACGUAACGAAUGAAGAACUGAUUACU